AGAAUGAACAUAUACAGCUGGAGAAGUGUCUUGACAACCACAGGAUCUCUACUAUCGGGUGGAAGGACGCUGAAAGAUGCAUCAGCACUUGAAAUAGUGACAAAGGACUGUAAUUAACAAAGAAAAAGACAAGCAAUCCAUUGAUUCAAAAUGAUUGCCAAACCGACGAAUGCUCUCUCUGUUGUGGCGGUUUUGUUGCUCCUCAUUGGCUCAGCAUUUGCAACACAGUACAUCGUUGGGGAUGACUCGGGUUGGAACACCGAAGUCGACUACUACGCGUGGCUCGAGGGGAAGACCUUCUAUGUUGGUGAUGUUUUAGUUUUCAGUUAUGUCAAGACCGACCACAACGUGGCAAUGGUGGAUGCAAACGGAUACAACAAUUGCAAUGCAGAUUCAAACUACGGCCUGUACGACACCGGCUAUGAUACUUUCACUCUGACUACGCCAGGGGACGUCUACUUCAUCUGCACGUAUCACUGCGACUACACGGACCAGAAACUUAAAGUCACCAUCCUCCCAAGUCCUUGAGCAUUGCAUCUAGUUGAUGAUACGAACAGACCUUCUAAGUGUCCGUUUCAAGUUCAAUUCCGUGGAUGAGAAAAUAUUGUAUUACGUUGUUAAAUAACUCUUGCCCACUUUUAUACUUUUAACUAUCGAUUUCAAUUCAAAACUGUA